AUGGGCCGUCCUUUUGAAGAUGUGAUUCCCUCUUCUCACAUCUACCAUCAUUGUUGGCGUAACAUCGCUCACUCUCCCCUCAGCAACAUUGUCGAUAUCACUCACGACGUCGAGCCUGCGCACUCUACGAUGAACAACACCCCCGAAGAGCGCUACGCAGCGCAUGCACUAUAUUCUCUACAAGCAUUCAACCACACUCAACCCGUGCCGACUAUUAGACGGAAGGCUUACACGGUUGUGGCGCCAAAUCUCCCGGAAGGCCACUGCAAGACCUCUUUCACCGUGCAAGGUGCAACUCCGGAUGACGUUACUGCUGAAAUUCUGGGAGCAGAUAUGGCCUCUCCCAUUCAGCGUCACUUUCCAGUUCUCGAAUUCAUCGAGAAGGUCUGGAAAUAUUCUCCCGAAAAGCUAGCAGACAUCCUCCAUGGACGCAAGAUUAGGAUUCCCAUCAGAUCCUAUGUCGACUACUGGACCAAACUGCGUCAACACCAAUCAUCCGCGAUGAAAGUCUUUACAACCUUACUCACCGACAUCCUGUAUCAAAUCUCUGGCACGGGUGCAUGCGUUAUACCCGCAGAAUUUCACCACAAGCAGUCGGCCAGUGGCUACGGCGGCUCACCGCCAGACAUUUCGUGGACUACAGUUGAUGACGUUCGGGAGCAAAGGUGGACAUGGACUAUCUCCUGUGUAGAGGUCGACCUGAGCACAUUUCGCCAGUUCAUAUCCAAACAUUCUUACCAUAAACUGUCCACCAACAAGUGGAAAGCUGUACCGCAAGAAGACAGCUGUUCUCCAUCAUCGAGACCGAUACAGCCUCAAGCAGAAAGAGCCUUCCUCCGAGUCUGA